UCCCAACUCACCGACGCGAGUACCGGAACGACAACGACGGGGACGAUUCAUCUAAUUCUUUUUUAAAAAAAAACAUGUAAAGUGAUCGAUAACAAUGCUUGCAACGGAACGUCACAAUCGAAAGUCGAAACGUCAAACGUCAAAAUUUAACAGUUCGCCAGUAGGUAUGUUAUCGUCAGAAUUGUUUUCGUUCAUUUUAAUUUGUAAAAAACUUUAUUGCUAAGGUUCAAGAUAGCAUUGUUGUGUGUUGCAUUGUUCGUUAACAAUCACUGACUGUAAAUUUGUUAAAUCAAAAUGUGCAGUGUUAAGUACAGACGCUAGUUUUAUUGCUGAUAAGUGUACUAAUGUUCUGUUUAUUUCUAUUUAGCGAGUUAAACAUUCCAUCGUCAUGACGGACCGUAACAUACGCAUAGUAGCCGAGUCUCUACUGGGCAGCAAUCCACAUACACUAUCUCACUCGCAGUCGCAUUCAGUGAACCUUUACUCUGAAGACUUAGUGGCUGGGCACAGGCCACAAGGCAAGAUGUCUACUGUGCGUCGGUUCUUCUGUCUGUUUGUCACAUUCGACAUACUGUUCACGAGUCUGAUGUGGCUCAUAUGCGUUAUGAUGAGAGGCGAGACACUAAAACAGAUAUUCGAUCGCGAAAUAGUGCACUACGACGUGAAAACGUCACUAUUUGACGUAGUUAUGGUGGCAGUCAGUAGGUUCAUACUGUUACUGCUGUUCUACGCCUUAUUGUAUAUCAACAAUUGGAGUGUAAUUGCUAUCACAACAGCAGGAACGUGUGCCUUCUUAAUAGCAAAAGUAUUCGUGUUCGACUGGCCGGCGGCAUCGCAGCCAGUAUACCAAGUAUUCCUAAUAGUGACUUCGUUCACGCUGGCCUGGGGAGAAGCCUGGUUCCUGGACUUCAGGGUUCUACCACAGGAGCUGCAGGCGAGGCAAAUAUUGGAUUCUGUAGUUCAAGGAGCCACGGAGCGAACUCCCCUCAUAUCUGGCCAAAGGGCUCCACAGUCCACAUGGGGAGAGUCCACAGUGAACUGGUUCUCACCAGUGGAGACUCCAGAAGCCAGCCCUUGCCCUAGAAAACCUGGCCAGGCCGUCAUACUGACACAGGAACAGAUAGAUGAAUACAUAUCGCAAGCUGAGGAGAGCAUGCAGAAUGCAUGGAGGGUGCUUCAUCUACCCAGCUGGGUGGUAGAGAAGAGGGGGUCCAAUGGUGACAUCGUGGAGUCGAAGAGGACAGAGCAGUUUGGGAAGGUGUACCGGUUUACGGGCAUAGUGGAAUGUCCAUCAGAAUAUCUUUACGAUGAAUUCAAGAACAACUUAAGCAAUCUUCCAAAAUGGAAUCCCACCAUACUCAGGAGUGAAUUCAUCAAGGAAAUAUCCCCCGGAGUAGAUCUCUCGUACCAAGUGACAGCGGGUGGGGGAGGAGGAGUGAUAGCCCCCCGCGACUUCAUAAUAUUGCGUCGCGCCGCCAUGUUGUCGCGGGAGGGGACCGUCGUGGAGCGCGAGCCCUACGCUUACAUCACUAGCGGGGUCAGCGUGCAAGUGCCCGGGUACCCGCCUACGAGGGAUAUCGUCAGAGGUCACAAUAAAGUUGGAUGUUGGUUCAUGAAGCCAAUCAAAGCGAAGACGUCUGGCGGCAAGAUUGAACAACAUACGACAUUUCAAUGGCUGAUGUGCUGUGAUCUUAAAGGCAGGAUCCCACAGUUCAUUUUGGAUGCUGCAUUCGCAUCUGUGAUGUUAGAUUACAUUGUACACGUGAGGAAAUUCGCGGCUCAAUCGAAGGCGCAGGGAAAAUUCUAAGGAGAAAUUCUUCACCGCCAUCAUUGAUACGCUUCUUGAGUAGGGUAAAAUCACCAAAGCUCGUCCGUAACCUGAAAUAUGUAUUUUUUUAAUUUUAAUUAUAAAAAUGAAAUGCACAUUGUUAAUAAUUGAUAUUAUAUGCAUGCCUUAUAGCCUUUGCCGGGUUGAUAGAGCAUCAAAGGUGCUGCAGUAAGCAGAGAUACAAUAAUCAUGAUAACAUUUGACUUUGGUAAGGUCUAAGAUGUUUGAAAAUGAUCUACAACAGUUUUCUAUUAAAGUAUUGUUAGGCUUUCAUAAUAUGAAAUGAUAUAAACAUUACGAAUAAAACAUUUAAAGUGUCUAGGGAUCAAGUAUGCAACGCAUUUAUUUUUGCCAUGGCUUACGAAACCCUGCAUUUUUUCUGUAUUUUCACAAAAUUUUAAACUUUAUAUGAUAAUUAAUAUUGCUUGGGUAAUUUUUAAAGCGACAAUUUUAUUUGCUCCCUAAGUACUUUUAAUGUUUAAAUGUACCUAGUUAAAAUGAUACGCAGUUUACUAAUUGGGCAUUUAUACCAGUCUUGCAAUUUUUUUUUUAUUAAUUUUACCCAACUAGAUAUAUAGGGUGCCCCAAGACUUUGCCAUAUUGAAUUUUAAUUUUCAAAACAAUACUAACUGCAUUGAAAGAAUUUAAAAAAAAAGCUACCGAGACAGAAGUCAAACUCGCUGAAUGUAAAAAAUAAUUCAACGGUAAUUUAAAUGUUCCGAUCUUAAGGCUAAAUCGUUUAUAUAAUUUAUUUCCAUAUGGAAUUUUUUGGGAUACCCUGUAUAUUACCAUGUAUUUUGUUAGUUAAUACUCAAAAUUUGAACAUGAAAAACAAUUAUUUUUAUAAAAACAAACCUUUUUUAAUUGGCUCAAAUAUAAUGAUUGUUCUAGACUGCAAGUGUCUUGUUAUAAACGAAAAUGAGCUUAACUAUUAGUCCACGUAACACAAUACUUUGUUCAUCCAUAAUCUCAUGACGUUAGUCCGAUGAACAGAAUCGAAAACCCAUUAAAUAACGUUACAAUACUUAUAUUUUUUAUUAUUUUUAAAGCAUGUAACUGCUUGAU